AUGUCUACGGACAAUUUGCCCAUUGAAAAAUGGCGCUGUAAGCUGCCGUCGUGUGUGUUUUCUGGUCAACGUCCGUAAGCCUUUCCUCGAAGGUGCCGCAGAGACUCGCCGCCAGUGAUCGUGGUGGGCUCGUCGGGCGCCUUCGAGGAAACCCCCCACAAUGCCAAAAGUCGUCGAGAACAUGCAACUUGGCUUUGCUGGCUGUCGCACCGCUUUUCGAAGGUGUUGCCGGUGGCUGACGUGCAGCGGGAGUGUCCCCGGUCGAGAGCCUCGUGAUCAGUACGAGGUGCUGUGCUUGGGUCUUACGGGUGCAGGCAAGUCUACAGCCCUGGCCACAUUAGUGGGGGAACCCUGGGAUGCCCUUGAGCCUACCACUGGCUUCAACAUCAAGACACUGCCAGUCAAUGAUACUGUGCUCAAUAUCAAGGAACUGGGUGGCUCGGUACGGCCAUUCUGGCAGGAGUACUUUGGAGAUGCACAUGGAGUGUUGUUCGUGCUGGAUGGCGCUGGUGGCGAAGCCUCCUUACAGGCAUCCCGCCAGACCUUGGCAGAAGUGCUGCCACAGCUGAAGGGGCGCCCCUGUGUUGUGCUGGCUACCCACGCUGACCUUUCGGGCUGCGCUACUCAAGCACAGGUGGAGCAACUGCUUGAAGGCCUGAUGCAUGGUCGAAAAUCAGCAGUGUUGUCUUGUUCCCGGGGCCAGCGUCAGGAAGUGCUCAAGGCGCUUGAAAUGCUCACUGGUUACAUGACGGCAUCCAUCAAGUAGCAUCGAGCCACAGACGCGCCUGUAUGAAAUGCUCAAGGGCGGUGCUUGGCCUCACCCCCACCGUACCGACAGAUGUGUUGCGAACAGAUGUAUUCCUCACCACCCUGACCAUCAUCCUCCGGCACAGUUGUGUUUACUGACACGAAACUCACUGGUAGUUUCUUUUUACAAUUUGCCUAUCUGUAAAUGGCACCAUGGCUCUUCUUACCUGACAUGUGGAGUGCCACUUGGCUUCGCAGCGGCUCGCCUCAUUUUCUUCUAAACAAACUUUGUGCGAUUAGUGCUGCCAACUCUUGGCAUCUCAUCUGCUUGUCAAAACAUGUGUGAGUGUUGACAAGACAUAUGCAACGAGAUUAACAGGGUGUACACGGCGAACCUUUGCUAGAAACCACACCAUACUUCUGUCCGCUGCCACUUGAGGCAGACUAAACAUGAUGUUGGUACCUGUAAGAUCUUAUUAGCAACUGCUUUGGCAGGAUUUCCCAAAAUGUUGUUAGGGUACAGCUGGACAGCCAUGCAUGGCAGACAUGGCUUGGCCUCAGCUGCAUCAAUCACCAUGGUGACUGUAUUGGGUUUUGCAUUGAAUGACUCAUUCAAGUGUAUUGUUCUGCAUGGCAUUCGGCAUUACACCGAGCAUUCGCAAGAUGAGUGGUAAUAGACAGUUGUGCAUUGACAAUGAUAUGUUAGAAGAGAGACAUUUUAAAUAUGUUUGUACCAAAUCUACAGAGAGUGAAAUGUCACAUUGCAACCAUUUUCUUGACGUGGUCAGUCCAGCACAAUCGCACCUGGCUACUUCCGCCCGUCAUGAGCUCAAUGUGUUCCCACCUUCUGAAUCUGACUGCGUUUCAGUCUGGCGUCCUUGUUUCAAGCAGUGUGUGUUGUUUUAAGUGGUCUUACUUCUGUACACAGUAUUUGCUAUGGCAUGCAGUUGUGAUAGUUCCAUCUGCGGGCCCUGCAGACAACAUCGGCAUUAAUGACAUCCCACUGUAUGGCCCGACAUGGCUGUAGUGUUUUAUCCCUGGCCUGUCCCAGUGAAGAGCAUGCAUGCAAGCGCACAUUACAAGUCAGCCGAAAUGCGUGCUCACAUUUCCCGCAUUGUAGGCAUUCCUCUGUUCUUAAACCAAGCCUGCAGGUGCAGGCUUCAGAACUUGUGGUCUACUCUUAAUCUGUAGCUCACUGUUUGCUGUGAUGCAAGCCAUUUUGUUGUCGCACAAACUAGACGAGGCAUGCUCGCCCGCCCUGCAUAUUGUGUUCAUGCUGUGUGGCGAAACAGCACACCAAAGAUUGCAACUGCAUGCAUUUGCUACUGCCAUUGGAAAGCGGUGCUGUCUGUUUUUUGUAUGUAAUGCCUGCACAUCACAGUUUGGUUGUUUAGAGCUCAAAAUUUUAACACCGAGCUUUUGAAUUUCUGAACAUAUGCAUCUGUGUUGGCGAGGUCCAACUGCCCCAAGUUAUUGCUAUGUUAACCAGAAGUCUCUCAACAGUUCUCUUAUAUUGCUGAAAAGAAACCUGGCAGUGAACCUACUGCCCUUGCAACCUCAUUUGUUCAUUGUGCAAGUUCAGGCAGACAAGCUAGCAUGUGAAAGUUAUUCGCUGUAAUGUGUUUCAGAUACAUAUUUUUGUCUGUUUCUUGUCAACAUCAGGUAUGUACAUUUUCGUUGAGGCAACAUUUCACAGCAAGA